GUUGACCUCUGAGUGACCUCCCAUUGAAAAUCGAGAAGUGCGCAGACACCUACCAAAACAAGGAAAUUUGAUUUUAUUUCGGUACUUUUGUCACAUUUAUCGACAAUUUUUCAAACGGAGGAGUUUUUUUUCUGUGUUCUGAAUAUCCAUAGAAGAGUUCAAGAUGAAGAAUUUGUUAUUUUCCACGGUAGUUCUUGUUGUUUUAGUGUGUUUUUGCUCGGAGUUUGGAUUCGUCAGUUCUGUGAACGCAACGACGAAAACACCAACAACUGCAACUGCCGCACCGACUGUUGCCGACACCUGUGGCGCACACAAUGGAAGCUGUGACAAAUGUCUCGCUUUCCCAGGAGCUAAAUGCUAUUACUGUAACACCAAUAAGGUUUGCGCCCUGUAUCCGGCCAAGGAAAUCCUUCCUACCAAGUAUUGUGCCUUAUCCGAAGCAAGAUGGGGAGUGUGUUUUUUGAACUUUGAGGCUCUGAUCAUCUCAAUGGGAGUCAUUGCAGGCAUUCUGCUUAUUGGCUUUGCCCUAUGCAUCUACUGUUGCUGCUGCCGUUCUAGAUCCAACAGAGCCAAACUAGACAAAGAGGAAAGGAAUUACGCCAAGAAGAAAGCCGAACGUCAAGUCAAACGUGGCCAGAAGAAAGCGGACAGGAAGGCCAAAAAUGAUGAAAUCAGACGGAAAUAUGGAUUAUUGAAGAACGAGGAUGACGACAGCUCCACUGAACUCACCGAACACCAGCACGUCUAAGAUCGAUCCCAAGACGGCACUAUGCAUGGGAGCAACAUCACCCAUGUGACAACACACUGGAUACAAGCAGAUAACCUCUAGGUCACGCAUAUAGUGUAUGCAAAUUGGACAUCAUUUGCAUUUGACCUUUAUUCAAAUGAAAUACCAGGCAACACAAUGUUUACAAUUUUUGGGCUUAUCCAUAC